AUGACUAAUAUACAAAUGGAAAUACCUAUACAGAUCCCAAAAUCGUCUCAAUCAAUAAGUGACAAUACACUUCGUAUUAUUCUUAGUUAUUUUGGUUGGCUAAGCCUGUUUUUUAUUAUGGGAUGGAUUUCAAACCAUCUAAUACCUCAAGUUCGGACAUUAAAACCAAAAGAACAAAUGUUUUGGAAAUUAGCUAUGGUUCGAGCAGUAUGUGGAUUAUUAACAAUUUGGGCUGCCUAUCUUGUUUUUGUUGAUGGACAACUUGCAAUUGAUCAUGUAAGCGCAACAAGUGAUGAAUCAUGGGCAUUUAUAUCAAUUGUACUUGGUUUUUUCAUAUUUGAAGAACUUACAUUAAUUUUUUUUGAUAUAAAAUUUCAUACAUUUUCAAAAGAAUUACAUAUGCAUCAUUUUUUUGCAUUUAAUGGUUUCUUUCUAGCUGCAUAUGGUAAUGCUGGUCAUUUUUAUACAGCAAGAGCAUUUAUUCUUGAAGCAAGUACACCAUUUUCAUGUAUUUGUUGGUGUUUAUUAAAAUUAAAACUUGAAAAAACUGAUGUUUGGAAAAUUAAUCAAUGGAUAUUAAUUAAUGUUUUUCAUUUUCGUACGUUUCUUGAAGUAAUAUGGUGGAUUGAUAUCUAUCAUGAUUGGAAUAGUAUUAAACAAAAUCUUUCCGUAUUAUUUACAGCUAAUAUGUUAAUCGGUCUUGUAGUUGUUAGUUUUUGGUUAACACCUUAUUGGACAUAUAAGAAAACAGUACAAUAUUUUAAUCCAACAGAUUGGAAUACAGGAGUUCGAAAAGAACAACCUGAUGAUGAAAUUGACAAGACAUCAUAA